AUGAAUUCGGAAUUCGUUAAGUCGAGGACUAGGACGGAUUUUGCGAAGGAUCAAACUCAGUUAACAUCUAAACGCUCCUCAUUAUGUCGGUCAAGAAAAGUGUUGCCCAGUAAAAAGUUAUCGAGACAAACCCCACUUCUUUAUUCGCGAGGAAUAUUCAGAAUCAAGAGGUCUGACGAACACCAAAAUUUAAAAGGAGAGCUGGAUGGAGUCAAUAAAAAUGAUAAUAUAAAGAACGUAUUCCAGGUCUUGAAGUCAGACAAAAAUAACUAUUCACUUGAGUCUGGUGAUCAUAGCGUAAAUGAAAAAGAGGAUAUUGAUGAAGACAGAAAUAAGAAAUUUGUGGAGGAGGAAUCAAGUUCUUGUUCAACAGAUGAGCUCGAAAACACAAACGCAAAGAGCACGAGGAAAAAUGCGUCAGAGUCCACAGAAUACCUGAGAAAAACAGAAAAUUAUGAACUACCAAACAUACGGAAAACCAUUGUUCGUCUUCAAGAGAAGGAGAUUUUACAAAGAACGCAAGCAAUAGAAGCAGAAUUUUAUGAACGUUUGAUUGAACUUAGAAAAGAAAAUGAAACUGAAGUAGCAAAAAUUAUGAAUCGUAAAAAUGCUGAAUUAAUUGCUGUACAAAAAGCUGCUGAAAUGAAACAAUGUGAACUUCGUCAAGCAAUAGAUAAACUAGAAAAUCAAUUAUCUGAUACAGUCAACAAUGCUGAUCAAAUUAAACGUAGCUCUGAAGAGAAAAUGAAUCAAUUACAGUCAGUAAUGAAUAAACAAUUUGAAAAUCUAUUGAAACAAUCUAAUGAACAACGUGAAUUUCUUAUACAAGAACAUGAGAAAACAUUGAAAGAUUUGCAAAAUAAAAAUGAAUCUACUUUUAAAGAACUGGAAAUAAAUAAAUCCUUUGUUAUAGAACUAGAAUCAAAAAUGGAAUUACAGCACAAUCAAAUUAAAAGUUUAAAAGGACAAUUAACAAAUAUCAUGACAGAAAGAAAUGAGCUAGAAGAAUCAUUAAAAGUUAAAACAGAAAAAGAGAAAGAAACAUUGAAAAAUCUAAAACAACUUCAAUGUGAUUUGAAUGAAUUAACCGAUAGAUAUAAAACAUUAGAAUCAAAGUAUAACAUGUGUCUUGAAGAUUAUAACCAAGAAUUAAAACAAAUUCGUUCAGAUCACGCUAAGCGUAUAUGUGCAAUGGAAUUAGAACGAACAAAUAAUGAAAAGCAAUAUGAAACUAACCUGGGAAAAAUUAAAGAUGAGUUUAAUACAAAACUGGAAGAGAGUCGUUUGUCGUAUGAACGUCAGCUAGUUACAGAAGUUAAGGAAGCUGAAACACGCGGUUAUGAAAAAUGUUUAUUAAUUAAAAGUGAUGAGAUUACAGCUUUACAAAAAACUAUUAAAGAAACCAAGGAAUUAAAUUCAAGUGAUGAAAUUAAAUAUCAAGAAAUAAUUAGUCAAUUAAAAUGUGAAAUAACUAAAUUAAAUAAAAUUAUUGAAAAAUUAAAAAAUAUCUAUGAAUUAAAGGAGAAUAAUUUUUUAACAAUCAUAACAAAAUUACAAAAAAAACAAUUAGAUGAUACAUUGAAUAAAACAAAUUCUAUUCAAACAUAUUUUACAAAUGAAUUCAAUGAGAAAUUAUUAAAUUCUAUUAUACAAUGGAAAAAACAACAAUUAAAUGAAAUUAUAUUAUUAAUUAAACAAAAAGAAUUUAAUCAGUUAGAAAUAAUAUUUAAAGAAAAAGAAAAUAUUAUACGUAAUGAAUUAUUAUUAAAAAUUGAAAAUAUUCAAAACGAAAAAAAUCAAAUUAUUGAAACAUUGACCAAUGCAUUAAAUUUAUCAAAAUUAGAUAUUGUAAAACUUGAAACUGAACUUAAAGAAGCUAGACGUAUAGCAAUGACAGAAGUGGAAUUAAGACGUGAACAAUUAUCAGAAAUAAGUUUGGCACGUGAAUUAGAACGUAAAGAAUUAAUUAGUAAACAUGAAAAUCAUUUAAAUGAAGAACAGUGUAAGAAUCAAGAAACGAUUUUGCGAUUACAAGAACAACAUGCUGAAGAAUUAAAAACAAUAUCUUCUCAGGCUAAUGAAAAAUUGUUAGGAAUAGAAAAAGAAUAUAAAACUCGCUUAACGGAAGCAAAUAAACGACUGAAUGAAAGUCAAGAGAAAAUAAUUAAUUUAGACAUGAUAUUACAGAAAGCUUUACAAGAAAAAAGAAACACACAAGAAACAUUAUCUGAAUCAUUUCAAAGUGAAAUUGAACAAAUGAAGAUUAAGCAAAAGCAAGAAGUAUUGAUCUUGAAGGAGGCUAUAUCAAAAGAGCGCAAUAGAGCACGUUUAGCAGAGAUUUCUCUUCGUCAGCAAGAAAAGGCGUGGAACGAUAUGAAGACUCGCUGGCACGAAGAACGUAUAGCACAAUUAGGAAAUUCAUUACCAAUUGAAUCCCGUACUCAUAUGGAGGCAACUAUUGAGGCAUUACGUCUUCAGGUUAAUCUACUGAAAAAGCGAAUAACCGUAAUGGAAGAAGAUCGGGAGACAAACAUCACUUACCCACUAAAGUUACAAUUCAGUGACCAAGACGUAUCAUUACUCAGUGAAGACUCAGUACAAAAUGAAUCUCCGGUAAAAGAUCAACCUGAAGCAAACCAAGACAAUUUAGAAAAAUGUAAAGUGAACAACAAUUCAGUUCCUUUAGGAGAUAACUCACGACGGAGAAUUGCGGCUGAGUAUACAAAUUUACAGACUAAUCUAGACGCAUAUCCUUAUGAAGCUACUUGUUCAGAAGAUUGGUUAUUGAGCGGACACUGACAGACUAUCAUGCUC